CGUAAUCAAUGGCAAUAUUUUGUUUGGUUUGAGUCAAGACCAUGAUAAUCGACUGCAAUUUAAUACAAUAUAUUUAAUCCAAUAAACCCACAUUUUCAUAAUUACGCGUAUCUAAAAUUGGAUAAAGUCGUGUAAAUAGGAAGUUUUUAAUUUAUUGCAAGGGAUUAUCCUGCCCCAAUGUCAUGUAUUACGUUUUACACAUUACAUUAAUUUUUAAUAAACAGUCAGUUCAGAUAUUAGACUAAUUAGUAUUAGUCACUCAUCAGUGCAAGCCUACCUACACAAUAAAAACAAUGUAUUUUACACAAGCAUUUAAUUUUGUAAAUUUACAGAUAUUCCUAAUUAGAACAUUCACUAAUUAAAUCUGAAUUUUGAUUGAUUCUGCAGUCUGCAAGAAAGCCACAUAUUCAAAUACAAAUAAACUAAUUUUGAGCUAUAUUCAAUAUUGGCCAUAUGCCUAAGUAUCUGAAUCUGCACUGUAAAGAGUAGGGGCCUAAACAUUUUUAAAAUUAAACAAAUCCUCUUUUUCAUCCUGCUGUCAAUACCAACUGCAGUACUUACUACCAUCUGGAUGUCUGCAUCUAAUAUAAAAAUUAAAGGCUUUUUUUUUUAUUAUCUUUUAAAUUUAAAACUGUUUAAAUUGAGUGUUUUAACAAUUUAAGUGCUUUCCCACUCAAGUUAAAGCUAGACUAGAGAUGUUAUAAUGAUGUUUUUUCUUAUGUAAUUUAAAACAAUUACAUCAGAAUAAAAAGUCUAGCUAAAUUAUAAACUAUAAGAUUGAUAUUUUCAUUUGAAUAAACAAAAUAUUUACUAAUAUUAAUAAAGAAUUAAUAAAUGCUAUUUUCAUUUGACAUUUCAACCAUUUGAAUAAAUAAAUAUUGACUAAGAAAUAAUGAACAAAUACUUGGGCUUAGUCUAAGCCGUAUACAUUUUUUAAACAAUUGUUUAUAGAAAAUUAUAUUUGUUUUUUAUUUAUUAAUUUGCCCAGCCUUUCUUAAACUGUGGUACAGGUACCACUAAUGCUAAUAGUUACUAAUAGUGCAUUUUUUUGGUGCAGUUGUCACAGAGAUGUAAACAAAACUCAUAUACAGAUAUUACAGCCCAAUCACAAUUAAAUUUAAAUGUACAUUAUGGUUGUUAAAUUUUAGCUGUUGAUUUUAGUUGUAUAAAAUUUUAAAAGUAUGAAAGUCACUGAAUUUAAAAUAACAUGAAACUAUUAUUCUCUUUUCAGCUAUGAAGACUGAAAAAUAUAUCUAGCCUCUUUAACUUAAUACAAGAACAACAAGCCAUUGUACUUACUGAAUCACAAAAUGUGGGGUUGGAUUGCCCUGGCAGCUUUUAUUGUGUUCAUCAUCAUCUUGUAUCUUCUAUCUCCCCUUAUUUCACCUCCUCAAAUAAAUCUUCAAGAUGCUCAUGUUUUAGUAAGCAGUUAUUAUAAAGCUUAAUUAUUUACUUAGUUUUCUUUAUAUAUUUUUUUUUAUAUAUAUAUAUAUAUAUAUAUAUAUAUAUAUAUAUAUAUAUAUAUAUAUAUAUAUAUAGAUAUAUAUAUAUAUAUAUAUAGAUAUAUAUAUAUAGAUAUAUAUAUAUAGAUAUAUAUACCUUGAAGGCUUUGUUUCUAAAAAUAAUUCUAAUUAGCAUCAGGGGUGAAGUAUAGUCAUAACUGAACUUUUGAGAAAAUUUUAUUUAAUAAAAAGUCUACUUUCAUUUUCAUGAACAUAUUCUUUUCCUCAACACCAGAUAAUAUAUAUUCGUAUCAAUCUCCCAAAUGGUUAUUAUUAUUUUGUUUCUAAUUGGUAGGUUACUGGAGGUUCAAGUGGUAUUGGUAAGGCCUUAGCAAUACAAGCAGUCCAACAGGGAGCAAAAGUUACUUUAGUGGCAAGGGACAAGGUAAAUAAAGCAUGAUAAGGUCUUUUAUAUAUAUUUUAAAAAUAUGUAAAAUUGAGAAUGUUCAGUGAUAUUUCCAGACUGUACGUUUCUCUCAGUCAGUCUAAGUAAGUGGUUCCGAAAAUGUACUUCAACAUUUUAAGCAGCAGACCCAUUAGUAGUAGAAAUUUGAAUCAAAGAUUUUACCCAUCAGUAAAAGUGGUAUUGCAUGAAGAAUUAAUAUUUAAGACAUUUCCAAAACAAACUAACUGUUUAUAAGGCAACAAGACAAUUUAUUUUUGACACUGUCAUUGUUGCAGAAGUGAAGUGAAGUAGUGUAACUCAUUGCUGUAAAUUAAAGUUAACACUUUGGUGUUUAAGAUAUAAAUACUGGUACUAAAAUAGUCAAGCCUUGCACUUUAAAAGACAGCUAUUUUGGGCUGGUCAUCCUUCUCACACAAAAUAAGAUGGUCUUCCCAAAGUAAUCUUAAAGCUGGCUAUUCAAAUAAAAAUUCAAUUGAGAAUCUCCUAAACAGUGCAACAAGGACCAGGUCCUGCAUUCCCUUGGAUAAGCCAGCCUUGAAAAAAGCAUCUGGUCAUUGCCAGCCCCUGAUAGGUUUGUUUGGAGAUCUGUAACAAAAACUGUCCUCCAGACAAUCUUAUCUCACAAGCUGACCACCCACCAGAGGACAAUGUCUUUGCCUGCCCUAGUCGGCAAACAAAAAUGAAUUUCUUAUAUGUGGGACAUAGUUGUAUAAAAUAUUAUACAUGUCAAAGGUCCCAUAUUGAUAUUGAAUAAAAUAUAUAUGAAAAGUCCCCAUAUUUUCACAGAAAAAUUCUUGUCAUGACAUAAUGACCCGAAUCAAUUUUUUUAAAAAUAAUAAUAAUAAAUUAGCUUUUAUGAAGACCAAAUCAUACAUAAUAAUACCAUGUUCUAAAAAACUUAAUGUUUCAUGAUUUUAAAUUAAUACAUUGUGGUAAGCAGUUUUUAAACUUUUCUCAGGCUAAACUUGAGGAGGCUAAGAAAGAAGUUGAGUCUGUUGUAAAAGGAGAAGAUGGAGAAAAGGUUAUCUGCAACGGUUUUUCUGUUUUUUUGUUUUUUUAAAGUAUUAUUUCUACAACUUACAAAAGAAGGUAAAACUUAAGAAAAUUUAAUUAUAUUUUGAAAGCUUUAGCAUCUUACUUAAAAGAAUUAGCUUAUUUAUUAAUUAUGUUGUAUUUUGUGAGAAAGAUUUUGCACAGUUACUUAUAGUCAAGGGUUCAUAUUGACACCAACCCCACCCCUCAUCUGUGGCAUAAACCUGCUCACUGUGGACGCUAAUAAAUUCAAAUAGAACUAUUAGUACUGGACCUAAUAUGAUGUAAUUUACAAGUUUUAAAAAAAUCUCAUUUAGAAGAAACAAAGUAAAAACAUUACCGACUGUUCAAAUAAAAAUGUCUUAGAUAGACAAUAUUCAUUUUGUUCAACAUUAAUUCAACCAAUAACCCCUCUUUAUUUCAGAGAGUUCACAUCAUAUCUGUUGAUCUCUCUGGAGAAUAUGAGAAAAUAGAUUCAGCAUUCCACGCAGUAAGAACAAGAGUGUUGUUGUUGAUGUGUUUUCUGCAUUUUUUUUUACUUAAGUAACCUCGUCAAUUUGUUUUCUGCAGUAGCUCAUACUCUUAGACUUUUUUGUCUGAGUCAAAUUUAAAGAUUUAUAAAGGGACAAUAUUUCUUAUUUUAAUAAGAAUGAUUUUUCAUUUGCAUUGAGACUAAGAAACAGAUUUCCCCCUGAGUUUUAAUGAAAUUCUAUAAUAAAUGCCAAGAAUUCUUCAGAUAGAAUCAAGUGUGGGUCCAGUUGAUUUUCUCAUAAACUGUGCUGGCACUUCCAGUCCUGGGAGAUUUGAGGAUCUUCCUCUGUCAGACUUUAAGGUAACUAAUAGAAAAAUUGUCUUGCAAUUAUUUCAAACAUUUCUACUAUCGUUACACUCAGAAGAUUGCAGUUUAAAUUAAAAAAUAACCCCCCCCCCCCUAAUAUUUUAAAGUAAAUAUAAAUGAACUUAAAAGCAAAGCUACUUCAGAAAUUAAAAGUAAUCUCAAUUCUGACUAACUGAAACAAAUAAUUAAGUUUUAUGCAUAUAUUUUUUAUUGAAAGUUUGAGUCAAGGGAUUUUCCAGGCAAUUCGCAAGAAUAAUUUUGUAUGAAGUCAUGCUUCAUAACUUCCUCUUACUUGUUUUUUUACACACGGGCAGUCUGUAUUUUACUUAAUGCAUCUAGGCUUUAUUGCAGUUGCAGUCCAAAACUCUUAAUCAUAUCAACAAUUUAUGCAUUGGGAUCCUUGAGUUCAUCUCAGAUUACCAAUGAAGAUGCCAUUAAACAAAAACAGAUAUAAAGUUCAUAAUAACAAAUUAGGAGCUUAAUUGAAACAUAUUUAGCUGUAAAAAAUUUGAUGGCAAGUUUCUUUGAGGACUUACUGUAAGUUUCUUGUAAUACAAUAUGUUAAUAGGUGCUCUGAUAAAAUUUAAAUUCCAGAAAAUGAUGGACAUCAAUUACAUGAGUGCAGUGCACUCCACCAGAGCCAUACUGCCUGGCAUGAAGAACAGAGGACGAGGGCGCAUUGUUUUUGUUUCAUCACAAGCUGGACAGAUUGGUCUGUUUGGCUUUUCAGCAUAUUCAGCUUCAAAAUUUGCAUUGAGAGGUUUAGCAGAAGCUUUGCAAAUGGAGGUACAAUAUUUCAUCAUGAGUGAGCAAUCGUCGUAGCAAAAUUAUUCUAAGACUAAGACAUAGUCAUUAGGAAAAUACUUGAAAAUUCUUCCUUAAACUGUCGAGAAUGAACAGACACAUCUCAGUUUUGGUUAAAACUUUUUAAAAUUCUUGAAAGUUAAUACAUUUUUAUUUGCAGGUGAAACCUUAUAACAUCUAUUUAACUCUAGCAUUUCCACCUGACACAAAUACCCCAGGAUUUCAGGAGGAGCAGAAAACAAAGGUGUUCCUUUUUUUAUAUAUAUAUAUUUUUUUUUUUUUCAAAUCAUCAAAGACAGUCUUUUACAAUGUAAAAAUGUCUAUACUAUUUUCUUGUAAAUUUAUUUGAUACCCUUGGUUAGAUGCUGCUGUACUUGUUGGUGGUAAAAAUGCACCUUUUAUCUUUUAUAAUUAGCUCUGCAGGGACCACAUAGUAAUAUUUAAACAUUUUUAUUCAGGGAUUUUGUUUGAUAAUGAAUUUAACAUAUGAAAACCGUUUUGUUAAUAUCAUUUGAUGACAUUAUGAAGCGAAUGAGUCAUUUCUUAGGGAGAACUUAGUUUUUAUCCACAUUAGCAAAGAACGUAAACAAAGAACUGACAUGGAGGGAGGACAAGAAAGUCCCCUUCCCAAGUCUAAAGUACUUCAUGUGAUACUACCUCCCAAAAUCUAAAGAACCGUUUCUUAUCUAUGUGACACCACUCUAAUAAGUACCGGGUACCAUGCCUUAUCAAUAUGAUAUUACCGCCCUAAAUCUACAUUACCGGUCUUUAUCUAUGUUUUACUACAAUCCUAUAUCUGAAGUACCAAUUCUUAUCUAUGUCAUGCUACCGCACUUGAUGUGAAGAUCUUAUGUGAUGCCUAUAUAAACUUAAAAUCAGCUAAAAAAAAUUUUAAAUCUUACGAACUACGAACAUUUUAGGUCUAUAAUUAUUUUAUUUUUUAAAAAGAAAAUUACUGACGACGUUAACAAGUAGAGCAAAAACACAGACUUGUUAGAUUGACCUCCACCAGUGCAACAAAUAACACUAGAAUGAGAAAUGGUGGGAAAAGCAUCAGAUAGAAAUUAUUUUGUUUAGAAUUUCCAGUUCUCAUUACUGUGUAUUGUAUAAUUCACAGCCUAAAGAAACCAAGUUAAUAUCUGAGACCUCAGGACUUUUUACUGCUGAAAAUGUUUCUAACAUCAUACUUGCUGACACUGUGGUAAUUAUAUUCCAUUUCACAGCAAGCACAUUUUAAUAACUAAUUACAUUCUUAUUAAGUAGGAUGGGAAAACAUUAAUUUGUUGAUCUCAACAAAAAAACAUUUUCUGUGAUCACAUUCAUUGGUGGAGUCAUCAAGUAAAUAACAUUUUUAAAAAUAAGCAAAAACAAGACCAUUGUUACAAUUUUCAAUAAUUUAAACCAGCUAUCCAGUGUCAUCAAGCUAGUCACUUGAGCACAAUUACUGACUUAAGAACCAUUAAGCAAUGGUCUAACUUACAAGGAAGAAGGUGUUUGAUAUGACUAAUAUUAGUUUUAAUCUCAAUUUGAUUUAUCAAUAAAUGUUUUUGUCUUUAAAGCGCGGUAGAUUUUUUAGUUCAAUGGGACUGGAUGGAACCAUGCUUGCAUGCGUCACUUGUGGCUUCUCUCCCGUUACUUCCAUCAUGGAGGCCACCCAGCAGGUACACAUUUGAGGAAUCAUUCUACAGUUGACUUUCAAACGUCUCAGAAAGCGAAAAAAAUUCACAAGUAUUGAUUCAAACUGGGAGAGUCAGUAGGAUAAAAGAUUCUCUGGCAGAAUAAGUUCAAUAACUUCGGUAAAAUAAUUUCAAUAACUCAGAAUCAGUUCAAUAAAUUCAGUGGAAUAAGUUCAGAAGGAUAAAUGUAGCUCCAUUAUCAUUAAGAUAACACCAGUAGGAUAAAGGUAGCUCCAUUAAGAUAAAAGAAAAUACCAGUAGGAUAAAGUAGCUCAAUUAAGGUUUAACAAAAUACCACCAUUAUUACAAGCUGAAUAACUAGUAGUAAAGAUAAAAGCUAGUUCUGUUAUUCAUUUUCUGUAAAUAAAUUGGACAGAAAAUGAAAUCAAAUUCUUUAGUACAACAAAGAAAAAAAUGAAACAUGCAGGACAGCUCUGACUCGUCCAAAGAGUAUGUUUGUAUAAUAGACUUGGAGAAAGACCUAACUUUAGGAGAUAAUGAACCAAUGCUGAAUAUCAGUCCAGCUAUAGGCCUUCAUCUCUAGUGUUUCUGUUACCAUUAACUCCUUUAGUCUAGUGAAUUCCCAACUUUGUACUGGUACACCUAUGACCUGUAUAUCUCAUGAAAUAAAAAUGUGUCAUAUGUUUUUUAAACUAUCUGCAAACAGUUAAUUUAGAAAAACACUGCCUUAGCAUUGAGUUUCCCUGCUCACUAAGACAACAAUGAGCCACAGGUGUGUUCGUUCAUCUGCUGGUAGAAUGCAGUUGGUCAUAGUGAAUUUCAUUACCUCCCCAAAAUCUGGGGCAAAACAUUAGUAAGCUUUGCAAACACUUUUAUACCAAGCAAGAAAACCAUUUUAUAGAAUUACCAAGCAAGAAAACCAUUUUAUAGAAUUACCAAGCAAGAAAACCAUUUUAUAGAUUUACUAAGCAAAGAGCCAGCCUUAUAAUAUAAUAAUUAGGAAGCUAAAGACAGUGUUUUAAAUUAUCAAAUACUUCCUGUUUUCUGACAACUAUUUUUUUUAAAUAUCCUUACAGGUAGUGACUAUGGGCAUUUUUCGCAUUAUCUCUCUCUUCUACCUGGAUCACUUUGACAGAAUAGUGCGCAGGUGUAAACUUGACAGAGAUGCUCAAGAAGCUAGUAAAAAGUUGUCAUGAUUUAAAUUAAUCCAUAAUAUCUGAGACCAUGUUAACAUGAGACCAUUAUAGCUAAAAGUGCCAUAGAUCACUUGUUUAAUGAAUGUAUUGGAGCCAUGGGAGCUUUAAGCUCUGUUUUGCAUGACUUGCUCAUACCAAUUUUAUUUGCUUGGAACGAAACAAGGCUGUGUUGAAAUUGAAUGUUGAAUGAUAUUCAUCUGGCACAUGUUAAAAAUAUUAGAAAUGUAAUGUUUAAAAUUAUGGUACAAUAACUAAUUAUUAACUAAUAUGAAAGCAAUUAUGCAAGGAAUUAUUUUUGACGUUUUUUUUUUUUUUGGUCAAUACUUUAAAGUCAGACUAUACAAAAUUUUGAAAAACCUUUGGGACCCCUGUUUUAAAAAAACAGAAAUUUUUCUCUCUUGUGAUAUGGAAUGAAAGGUAGCAGUGUGUAAGAGCUUUAUUUAAAAUCUUUUCUUUUUUAAAUCCUUAUUCCUUAAUAUGCCAAAAAAUGACUUAUGUUUUAAUCUUGUUUACAAGUUAUGGGUCAUGGCAUAUUCAUAUUAUAAUUAAAUCAAUGCAAGUAUGUUACAGAGCCUCUGUGACACACCCUUACCAGUUUGUAGAUAGUUCAUUGAUUGCUUUAUAAGCUGGGAAGCAAAAUGGAAGUCCUUAUUUUUAGAGCAAUAAGUCUUUCAAUGCAAUGUUGACAUUUGACCAUUUCUUUUUCAAUAAAGCAAAAUCUGCUCUAC